GUAAACGCGAAGCGCGUGCUGGAAAAGACGAGGCGUAGAGCUGAGAGCGGCGCGAGCACCGGAGAUCAGCAGGGGCAUCACUCGUCACAACAUCCAGCCUCUCAUCCGCCCUCUCUCCAUUUUGUCGCGAUUUUUUCGCCAUAUCUUUGAAAUCUAAAUCGAAGCGAGCAUAAGGGAAUCAAGUUCUGUAUCGAGGCUUUUGUCAGCCCGUGUUGGGGGCAAUUACUGUUGCCCUCAGAGGGGGGAGCGCGUUAUCGUUUUUUCGAUUAUUUCUAUUUGGGUGGCAAAAUUACUGCCUCUCACCGCGUGUUCGUUAAAAUUGAUUGUGGGUGCUUUCUUGCUUGAUUUUGGUCUGACUAGAACGGAUUAACUGGGUUUUUUUUUGUUUGUUUUUUUUAACCGUGUUGCGGCUCUUUGUGUGGGUUCAGCUUCGUGUCACUGUUAUAAGCUACCCAAAGUUCCGCACUCCGAGCUCCAAAACAUGUGUUCCCGGGUGUGGUUUAUCACAGACCGGCGGAUCAGCCAGGAAUACCCGCAGGUCCAGAUCCUGCGAGCUCUGAAGGAACGCUGCGCCGAGGACGAUGUUGAAUUCCGCUAUCUUCUAAUGGAUGAAAUCGUCCUAACCAUCACGGACGGACAGCUCGGUCUGCGGGUUGGGCAGGAAACCGUUACCUCAUACCCCCAAGUUGCUGUGGUGCGUGUUCCGACCCCAUGGGUCCAGUCGGACAGCGACAUCACCGUACUGCGUCACCUGGAGAAGCUGGGCUGUCGUCUGGUCAACCGCCCCCAGGCCAUCCUCAACUGUGUCAAUAAGUUCUGGACCUUCCAGGAGCUCGCUGGGCAUGGAGUGCCUCUGCCAGACACGUAUUCCUACGGAGGACACGACAACUUCCGCAAGAUGAUUGAUGAAGCGGAGCCGCUGGGUUACCCUGUGGUGGUGAAGAACGCUCGUGGACACAGAGGUAAAGCGGUGUUCCUGGCCCGGGAUAAGCACCACCUCUCAGACCUUUGUCAUCUGAUUCGCCAUGACGCCCCAUAUCUGUUUCAGGAGUAUGUGAAGGAGAGCCAUGGGAGGGAUGUGCGGGUAGUUCUGGUCGGAGGGCGAGUGAUCGGGUCCAUGUUGCGCUGCUCUACCGACGGACGCAUGCAGAGCAACUGUUCGCUAGGUGGGGUGGGAAUGAUGUGCCCCCUUAGUGAGCAGGGGAAGCAGCUGGCCGUGCAGGUGUGCAAUAUUUUGGGGAUGGACGUCUGCGGGAUCGACCUGCUCCAGCUAAACGAUGGUUCUUUUUUGGUGUGCGAGGCUAAUGCCAAUGUAGGCUUCAUCGCAUUCGACCAGGCGUGCGGGAUGGACGUGGCGGGUAUCGUGGCCGACUACGCCCUCUCACUCCUGCCAAACCGCCUCAGCAGGAAGAUGUCGCUGCUGUCUGUGGUGUCCAGCACCAGUGAAACUAGCAGCGAGCCUGAGGUGAUAAUCCCCACAGAGGUGUGUAUUCCCAGCGAGAUCUGCCCACCCGGCUCUAGCUGUACCAUGCCUGACGGCGUGUCGACCAUGAGCACAAGCUCCACCUCCAGCGAGAGUGAGGGGGAUCUAAACGAAACGGGCCCCAACCCUGUCAGUGCAGAUCCUGCUUACAAUAUCAACUCCCUCCUCGCGAGUGAGAUGAAACUGUUGACUGAGUGAGCUGGAAUUACAGCCACAAACACACAGAUAUCAAAGAGCAACACAUACUGAAGUGGACAUUAAAUGCAUACAGAUGCACACGUGUAAUCAUACUAACCCUCCCUGUAAAGCCCCGUCUUAGGCUGCUCCCCUGAUGUUUCUUCUCCAUUGGCAGACUAUAGAAUUAAACAAGUGUACAGUGCAGUUUGGAAGUGCACCAGAUAGUGUACACUCCAGUCUGGGCUGUAGUGCACCAGCUGAAUAUGCGUUUGCCACUGUAAUUUGAGGGUGCAUGUACUGUAGAGUGGUUUUAUCAGGACAUGAUUCCCAAAUGUAACCAUGAUUCCCAAAUGCGACCAACAAACUGGAUUCUGAUGUUCAUACUCUGGGUUAGGGCACACACACACAUACACACUGACAUACACUUAAGGACAUAUUAAAGUCUUCUGUAUUAUAGAGAGAGAAUGAAUGAAUGAAUUUUGUCUGUUACAAUCCUUGUGGUAAAGCCUGGCUGAAGGUAUAAUGCAUUGCAUGCAUGGGGCGAGAGAGAAAGUUAGAGAUUUCAACUGCCCACCAGGAUACAAAGGCACAUACCUCCCUGCCCUCAAAAAGUCCAGACAGACAGAUAGAGGGACACCAAGAACAAAAACUGGAAAGCUGUGAAUAUUCUCAUCCAUCCUGACUCUUUUAAAAGCAUGAAUGAGUGAGUUAUUUUAGGCUGCCUGUAGUAAAUGAAUUACUGCUGAUCAGACAAGCGUAAAGGUUUCAUUUGCUUUGCCGAUGUUUGUAAAAUUAAAUGACUGAUGUGGGACACGUAUUGAAUUACCAUCCUUAAUGUGUAAGUGAUGAUUUGGCCUAUAGGAACUUUAAUUGGUUAUUGGUCAUCUUCUACUUGGCAAUUCUGUAAUUGAGGCGGCCAUUUUAAAAACCUCCACUGUCCACCAUUUUGGAUUGGUUCUCUGUGUACAGAUCAAUACUAUGGAAGAUAAUGUGAACAGGAGCAAUAUUCUUAAACAAACAAAAAAAAAGCUUCUUAUUUCUAAUUCAUACCUGCUAAUGCCCACAACGUCAAUCUGCAUGUCUGCCACUCCAAAAGCAAAUCUCCCACAUAUAGAGUCUGAACAGUGAGUUGCAUAGAAAUAGAGUAGACUUUUAAAUACUAAUGUUUUUACCACAAGGGCUGAACGUUUUGCCAACACUAAGCGCUGACGAUGAAUACGCUAUUUGUCUUCAACGAUUUGUUUGUACAAAAAUAUUGCAACAAUAAAACUGAAGUGUCAACUCAAAUGGGUGCUACAACUUCUCUUACUUCAGCCCAGUGGUCUAAAAGCCAAUAACCGGAAAGAAAGACCAGGAAUUGUAUUGAUUUGAGCACUGCACAUUCCUCAAGUCUAAUUCUAUUUAACAUUAAGUGACUCUUUUAAUAUCCCUUUUCAAUUUGGAAAUGGCUAAAAAUUUGCAUUGAGUCUUAAAUUGCAUAUUAAAAAAAUGGACCAAACUAUCCAAACCAUACCAUGGUUUGCCAUGUUAGACGUCAUAGUUUAGAUCAAUUAAAUGUGAGUUCAGACUUUAAAUAAAUUACAGUUUACAUUUAAGAUGAAAUAUAGACUUGAAAUUUUAGUUAACUCGGGGAAGCAGCCUUGAUCAAAUUCCUGUCCUUGGAAACGUGACAUUCAUGUUAGACAGUCCUGCCUAUGUGUAUCAAUAAACAAAAGGACAAAGCGUUAUAAAAUAUUAAGAAAUGGAUGCUGUGAGACCUGAUGGUUAAAUGCAAUCUUUUUCUUGUUUGUUUUAUACUUAGUGUUCUGUUGUCUUUUGUUUUCCUAAUUUAUAAUUUUAUGUUUUGUUGAGAAAAAGGACAAACUGGUUUAUAUGCGAUAACCUUGCUUGGGAAAGGCUGAAGAGUGGCGAAGGGUUUUAGUGUGAGUUUGACUGAACAGACAUUGACCACCUGAGACACGCGCACGCACACACACACACACACACACACGCACUCUUCUCACCACCCCCUCUCAAGCGUUGUGAUUUGCCGUCUUGUGUGUGAUGUGUUCCAUCAUUCCAUGCCACCAGAGACUUGCACCCUCCACCUCAUCCCACUCAAGAACAAGUGUCCCUGUAAUCUCUGACACUUUUCAGUGUUUGCUAUAACGCACCAUAUGGUUGUCCGACUCUUACACACUCUGCCUCCACUUCCGGUAGAAUACAACAGGAAGUUUCUUCUCCCCUUAGGUUUAGUCUACAAACUGUGUGACUCCAAAUCAGAAUGGAGUCCUAAAUCUGAACUGAGAGCUAACAUGGCGUCAUCAGAUCUGGCUCAGUGGAAAGCAUUGUCUAUAUGAAAUUAUACUCAUUCUGAGUAUUAAGGUACCACUAUACUCCUCUGACUUGGCAAUUCAUUUAGUGUCACAAAAAAACAGUUGCUGCUAAUGAACUGUUCUAUGGAAUGGAAAAGGGAAAUGUUUUGAAACUCCAUUUCAUUGCACCUCUUGUUUUGUAUUUGUUUUCCUUUUUUUAGUGGGAACCUAAAUGCCAAAAACCAAGCAAUGUUGUAUAAUUUAAAACGAGAAAUUACUAGUGAUAGAACGCUAACAUUGAUGUUAUGUGUCAUUACGUAAUAAAACCAAUAAUACCAAUAAAGACGUUCAAAAAAUGUCCAGAACAUGAAA